AUGUUGGGCUUGAAUCCUCUUUCCUCCACCCCUCAGUGUGCUGGCAUUGCAAUGAUUAUGUUUCCUCUUUUGGGGAAGAUUUCUCUGGGUAUUUUGAUAUUUGUCUGGAUAGAAGGAAACCUUUCUUCAUUAACAGAAGAGAUCCCAGAACCAAAGCGUGCAGUUUCUUUUCUACUGCCCAAAGAAUCUAUGGACUCUUCUCUACCUGCUAAAAGGAAACAGCUUCUGGACCACAGAGAAGCUGAGAAACGGUGGUUACUGAGAAGAAGGCGAUCUAUUCUCUUUCCUAAUGGAGUAAAAAUCUGCCCAAAUGAAACUGUCACAGAGGCUGUGGCAAACCAUGUAAAAUAUUUUAAACUCCGGGUGUGCCAGGAAGCUGUCUGGGAAGCUUUCAGGACUUUUUGGGAUCGACUACCUGGGAGCAAGGAAUAUCAUUAUUGGAUGAAUUUGUGUGAGAAUGAAAUCACAAGUGUAUUUGAAAUGGGCACAAAUUUUAGUCAGUCUGUGGAACACAGAAGCUUAAUCAUGAAGAAACUGGCUGAUACAAAGGAAUUGGUAAGCAGUUCCUGCCAAGACCAAGCAUGUGGACUUAGAUUGUCAUCUCCAGUUCCUACUGGUGACACUUCCACAUUGCAAGGUGCUGUUGUCAGUGUUCCAUACCCAGGAGCGUCUUCCUAUGAAGGGGCCUCAGAGAGCAGCCUGGGGACACCAGAGGAGAGUAUUAGCAAUGAAAUUGUAAAUGUUAUUGAAGAGCCCACAAAACCAGCGGCUGAACAGAUUGCAGAGUUCAGUAUUCACCUUUUGCGGAAGCAGUACGGGCAAGAGCUACAGGAUCCCUCCAGCUCCCACCACAGGCAACUCGUAGAAGAGUUCAUUUCAGAGGUUGAAAAUGCAUUUACUGGGUUACCAGGAUACAAGGACAUUCAUGUUCUUGAAUUUAGGUCCCCUAAGGAAAAUGGCAGUGGCAUAGAUGUUCACUAUGAAGUUACCUUCAAUGGGGAGGCAAUCAGCAAUACCACGUGGGACAUAAUUAGCCUUCAUUCCAACAAAGUAGAAAACCAUGGCCUUGUGGAACUGGAUGAUAAACCCACUGCUGCUUAUACAAUUGGUAACUUCAGAGAUUAUAUUGCUGAGAUACUGCACCAAAAUAUUUUGGUAGGGAAUUCCUCCUUGAAUCCAGAUCCGGACUCUCUUCAGCUUAUCGAUGUGAGAGGAGUUUUGCUUCCUGCAAAUGAAGACCUAGCUUGGAACAUCCAAAGUUCAAGUCUUCAGUCCACGCCACCAUCUCUUCUGGAUAAUACCCUUCAAGCUGAAUGGUCCUCAGCAGAUGAACCCGCCACCAGCAAAAUUUCACCACUUGAUUUCAGCUCUGGUCCUCCCUCAACCACUGACAGGGAACUCUGGCCAGAAAGUCCUUUGGGUGAUUUAGUGUCUCCACCUAAAUUAGCCUUUCCCUCGGAGGUGGUCCUGAGUCCUUCCUCGGAGGUUUUAGAGGUUAGCAGCUUGACUCUUCAUUCUGUCACCCCAGCAGUGCUUCAGACUGGCUUGCCUGUGGCUUCUGAGGAGAGGACUUCUGGAUCUCACUUAUUAGAAAAUGGAUUCGUCAGUGUUGAAGAGUUGGAAGAUUUCCUUUCUGUUGAUGCAUUGCCUUCAAGUUCAUUCAUUCAACCUGUGCCAAAACAAACGAUACCACCCACGGAAAACUCUGGUGUGUCCCUGGCAUCUUCAGCAGAUCCGAUCUCUUCUGUUACCUUAGGUCUUCUUGCUGAAGAAAUAACUGUACCUUUUGGCUUUGACUCCUUGGCCUCUGAAGUCAAAGACCAGUUAGAAGCAGGCCAUUUGUUUCCAGACACGUCCAUGGAAAAGGAGUUCAUAUUUGAGAGUGGUUUAGGUUCUGGGUCUGGACAGAAGGUAGAUGUGAUGUCUUGGCCAUGGAGUGAAACUUCAUUAAAGAAGAGCACUGAACCACUGUCUACGUCAUGGCUUAAAGAGGAGGAUUCACUUUUGCCAACUGAGGGUAUGGAUGAGAAGCUUGUUACAGAAAACAAAAUGGAUUAUGCAGGACAAACCAUUGAGCAUUCGGAGUAUACACAUGAUAAGAAAUCCACAUAUUUUGCAGAGGAAGAGCUUUCUGUGGAGCCUACUAGGCCCAUCUUUGCAGGGUCUGUAAUUCGUUCUACACCUCUGACCUUUUCCAAACACACAUCAGAGAUUCCUAAUGUUGAUUACCACUCAGUUACCAACACACCUUUCCUAUUGACAGCUGCCUCUUCUGAUAUAACAGGUCAAGUGAAUGCUUUCCUGACUAAGGAUGUGGCACAAACUACAGAGUCAUCUAGCCAUGAAUCGUCUGACAGCAAGACUUCAACAGUGAAACCAGAUCUGCAGCCUGUGUGGACCAUAGUCUCAGAAUCAGACAUAGCUUCAGUAAGAACUUCUUCCCUAGGGAAGUUACCUCGAGACUCAUUGGCAAGUACAUCGCAGAGCAGUGAUGGACUCUGGUCAGAAACUUCCAUGACACAGUCCACCAAAUUGCCUCCAACCCCAAGCUCUACCCCACUGGAGGAUGAAGUCAUUAUAGGCGUGCAGGAUAUUUCAUUAGAACUGGACCGGAUAGGCACAGAUUACUAUCAGCCUGAGCUAAUCCAAGAGCAAAGUGGCAAGGUUGGUAGUUAUGUGGAAAUGUUUACAAAUUUUCCCUCCACAGAGAUGACUGUUUUGGCUCAGCCCACAAAAGGAGAUAAUUUGAGUCAUGCUCAGAUUACAGGAGAUUUGGUAGUUUUCUUCAGCCUUCGAGUGACCAACAUGAUAUUUUCAGAAGAUCUAUUUAAUAAAAACUCUUUGGAAUAUAAAGCCCUGGAGCAAAGAUUCUUAGAAUUGUUGGUUCCCUAUCUUCAGUCCAACCUCACGGGAUUCCAGAACUUGGAAAUUUUGAACUUUAGAAAUGGCAGUAUUGUGGUGAACAGUCGAAUGAAGUUUGCCAAGUCUAUCCCUCUAAAUGUCAACAAUGCUGUAUAUAUGAUUCUAGAAGACUUUUGUACCACUGCUUACCAGACCAUGAACUUGGCUAUUGAUAAAUAUUCCCUUGAUGUAGAAUCAGGUGAUGAAGCCAACCCUUGCAAGUUUCAAGCCUGCAAUGAGUUUUCUGAGUGUCUGGUCAACCCUUGGAGUGGAGAAGCGAAGUGCAGAUGCUACCCAGGGUACCAGAGUGUGGAUGACCUACCUUGUCAGAGUCUCUGUGACCUGCAGCCUAACUUCUGCUUGAACGAUGGAAAAUGUGACAUUAUGCCUGGGCAUGGGGCCAUUUGUAGAUGCCGUGUAGGUGAGAACUGGUGGUACCGAGGUGAGCACUGUGAGGAGUUCGUGUCUGAGCCUUUGGUCAUUGGCAUCACCAUAGCCUCUGUGGCUGGAAUGCUCCUCGUCUGCUCUAUCGUCAUCUUCUUCCUUGUCAGAACUCUUCAAGCUCCACAUGGUAGGAGGGAAAGAAGGAGGCCAUUCAGCAGGGAGUCCGAUAGCCUUUCAUCCAUGGAGAAUGCUGUAAAGCACAACCCUGCCUUUGACAGCCAAAUGGCUGGAGGGGAGCCAUACGAGGAGCCCUGUCCCCAGCAGCCCUUCUACAGCUCUGCUAAUGAAGAUGUGCUUGGUGGCCUGAGUAGAGAAGAAAUCAGACAGAUGUACGAGAGUAGCGGCCUUUCCAAAGAGGAAAUUCAAGAGAGAAUGAGAAUUCUGGAACUGUACGCCAAUGAUCCUGAGUUUGCAGCUUUUGUGAGAGAGCAUCAAAUGGUAGAACUUUGAAUCAAUCACCUAUUUUGACACCUAUUAGAAGCCUGGAGAAGGUGGAGACCACUCACUACCCCUGCUAUAAAAUUAAUCUGGAGUUUUGAACAUUGUUGGAUGAGGAAUUUUCU